CAAGAAAUGAGAUGGAAAAACAAACAAAAUUUUGAUUGACUACUCGUAGCGUUUUUCACUCUGCAAGAAAAAUGAUUCAUGAGCGGUCUCGCUCCGCCUUGCCGCUGGGAGCCCGUUCUCGGCGUGGACUUCUGUCGUGCGUACUGGCAGCGGCAUCGUGCAUUUCUUCUGGCGUCAGUGGGACGAAAUCAGGGACCCCGAGCAUCGGAUCGGUGGUCAAAAUGCUAGAAGGAAUGCGGCAGCAGAGCGAAUCCGAAGCUGCGAAGGCCCGGGAAGAACAGGACCAGUUGGAGCAGGACUGUGAAACGACCAAAAUCCAAGAGGAAAAAGAGCUUGCAGUGUUGGGUACAAAUCGUUCUUAAGGUCAAAAGAGAAUCUUAUUUCCUGCCGCUCGUCUAUCAUGAUUCGUCUUUCUACUGAUGAAUGCUUUCUACCGAAUGUCGAUCUUCGAAAUCGAAUUUGUCCUCGAUUUGCUCACAGAAGAACAAAUAGUCGUGGAGGAGCCAAGAAUUCAGGUAUUUCGCUGACAAGUGAGCAGGCCAACAAGGAGGAAGCCGCCGCGUUGACGACGAAAGCAGCCGACGCGCUCUCGCAAGGUAGUGAGCGUGAGCAGGAAGUCCGAAAGGACCUGGCCGAAGAGAAGAAGCUAUUCAAAGAGGAGAAGGCUGAGUUUGCUGCGUUCGACAAGGAAAGCGGAGAAACAGUGGAUAUUCUGCGGCGUGCAAUUCGAGCACUAUCAGUGAAGAAGCGACAGGCUGAGGCAGCAGAGGCUGAGGGAAAGGGAGCGCAGCUGUUGCAAACCCAGUCGGUGGACGCAGUGCAACAAGCACUAGCGGCGUUGACGCGCGCGUCUUUCGUAUCCAUCGCGAAUAAGGAAAGCCUACUGCAGCUACAGCAAAAGCAGAUGGAUUUAUGAGGGCCUUCGUGGGCUGUAAGUUACUUACUUAAAUAUGAGUGUGAGUGGUGUGCACCAUCCUGCACUUGCUUCUACUUCACGCCAACUCCACGACCCCAACUAACCUGUAGUUUCUUUGCUACUACCCCUUCUUCUCUAACCUUCAGUGACGAUGGGUCCUCCAUGGAUGGUGUGAUCGAGUUGUUUGAGAAAUUCAUGCAGGAUGAGAUCGCGAGUCGAAAUCAGAGGCAACAGGAGUGGAGCGAAAAUCAGAUGAGGAAGCAAUUGCUGAUCCAACAACUCUCCAACAAACUGGAAAAUACUGUGAAUCUCAUCGCUAGAGAGAAGACGAAGCAAGCAGCUGCAGAAGAAAAACUGGCUAAGGCGGAAGGUGCGAUAGCGACUCUAAAUGAAGAGAUUUAUGCGGGGGUUUGUUGUAUUUGAGUUUUGCUCGAAGAUGUCGAUAGCGUUGUUCACAGUCGUAAUGUGACCACGUAUUUCAGUGAUUCUUCGAAAAUACCUAUUUAUGAAAUUGUUUUUGGCCAAGCAACAUCUGUUUCUGAAUCCUGUGACUGCCCCCGAUGAAGCAUGCUUCUCGCUUUCCGCCCUUCUAAUUUGGCGCCAAAAGCCAGAAGACACUGAAGGACAGCGCAACCAAGUGUCGGAUCGCUACUAUGAAGUUCGACGAAGAACAGGCCGACUUUGCGGCUGAAAUCAAAGCGCUAACAACCGCGAUGGGCAUCCUACAAAAGGCUCCCGACUUCUUGCAGAUCGCGGACUCGACGACGCAUUCGAUUUCGACGCCACCGAUGACCACGUCGUUUCUGCAGAUGCAGGCGUCGACACGAGCAGCGUCAAGCAUGCGAUUGGAGCGCAACCUGCAACGUCAGACGGAAGCUAGCAUCUAUCUACAGAAGUUGGCAAGCAGGCUGGGCGGGCGGCUAGAUUCGCUGGCGCAAGUGUCAAUCCGAGUAGCGGAAGGUCCAUUCGGAAAAGUCAAACAGAUGCUCUAUGGCAAAAUCGGUGCCACCAGUACUAAAAACGAAUAAAUCCCAAGCAGAACGACCUCUCCUGUGCCCUCUCGCACGAUUGGAUACCUCUAGAACAGGUAAAUGAAUGAAUGAAUGUUGCCAGUUACUCUUAAUGCAACUGGCUGAGGUGAGCCAAAAAAUAAAACCGAAGAUUUUCUUCACUCUAGUGGCUAUAUUAUCGCUGUACACUAAUCAUGAUCCCCACUCUGUUUCAUGUCCGAUCCUCCAUGAUUUCGAAGUUGGAGAAGGAAAUGGCGGGCGAGAACGAUAAGAAUGCGUACUGCAAGAAAGAAAAACUGCGCGGCGCAAAAGACCUUAAGGUCAAGCGCGCGGAGGCAGAAAAAUUAUCGGCGAGAAAAGAGAGAGCGAGCGCAGAAAAGCAGAAACUGCAGAAGAAGAGUGCACAGUUAGAACAGCGUCUCAAAGAGCUCAAUGACGACAUCAAACGCAUCACGAAACUGAGGCAAGUUAACAAGAAGCAGAACGAAGAAGAGAUUUCAACCGCACAAGCAAACGAAGAAGCGUGUGGAAAAGCUGUUGAGGCACUACAGGAGUACUUUGCCGGAUCGGAUUCCGGCGGCGCUUCUGGGUCGGGAGUUGCGGACCAAGUGAUAUCACUCCUAGAAACAGCUGAAGCGGAUUACGCUAAAAGUAAUUAUGGAAACCCAUGAUUCUAAUUCUUGAUCUUGAAGAACAAGAAUGAAGACUACUUACCCGAGACUUACUUAUGCCAAGAGUACCGUAGUACUAAAACCAUUAGAUUCCACCUAAUUAUAUCUUCUCUGCUAGUCCUAGAAGUAUUUAGCUGGUGCGACUAGAAUUCCACCCAAUAUAACUACUUUUAGUUCAACGUCUGCAGAUUAUCAGCAUGAAGUCUUGUUAACCUGGUGAAAUUGCCUAUCCAAAUCCAACUAGAAAAUUCUUUUUGCCCCUUCAUACUGCGAUUGAUGUGACGAAUUUGGAGCAAGGGUUGGUAGCUGCCUACAAGGAGAAAAUGCAGGACUACAAAGAGGAGAUAGCGGUCACGAAGCAAACGAUUAAGGGUCUAGCGCAGCAAGUCGUGACUCUCGAAAAGUCCAUUGGUGAUACUGAGACGGACGAGACGAAUGCCUUGCAGGAAGAAGAGUUAUGCUUAGUCCUGGAUGUUUCAUUUCGGUGUCGAUCGCAACCAAUCGAUUUUCAAGAUCCACCUACUUGAGAGGAGAAGAGAAAAUGACAGAAGAUAGGUAGAUUUUCUAUCGCGUGAUGACUGAUAUUUGGGUUUGGGAUCAGAGGAGGACUACCAGAAACUCACGUUAUUGUCUUCGAGGUACUUACUUUACUUUCUUGUCAUCUAACAACAGCCGCCCACGGUUACGUGGACAAGAUUAAAGAGGAGUGCGAAACAAAGGCAUCCACGUUCGAGGAACGGCAGAGGCGCAGGCAGGAUGAGAUGGAUGGGCUGAAGAACGCGAUCGAAAUUCUUGAGGGCGAGACUGCGGGAGGCGAGGCGUGAGCUCUAGACUAGAGAAGAUCUUCUCAUGUUCUCUUACAAAAAACAACUACUACUUAUCGUCAAUAUCGGACUAAAAAAUGCACGGACGGAACGAUGUUUUUUCCUGUGAUUGCCACUGGAUUGUUUUUUCCAACAUUCAUUCAUCCUCAUGUUGUAGGAAGUACUUAAUUGAAGAAACUAAAAACCAUAACCAAAACCUCUUCCUCCAUGAGGGCCACUCGCUGGAAGAACAGAUCAUAGCUUCAGCGAACGGAGAACAACGAGAGCUUUCAGCGUGAUUUGCUAUGCACUCAAGAGGAAGUGAAAGUGCGACCCGCCUAUCAUUCUUGUGAAAAAGCAAGAUGCAGAUCAUCAAUUUCUUCCAAGAUCUCUACAAGAACAGAGCAGAACACUGUACUAGGAGAACGAGAAAGUAGCUCACCCCACCGUAAGUAGCUCA